CCCAGUCCCGGGCAGGCCCCGAGGCCCGGAGACGCGCGGCUCAGCCGGCGGACCCUGGGGAGGCUCGGCCGGGAGGGACCGGCAGCCGCCGGGGACUCGCGCGACCGUGCGCCCGCGGGAGAGGCGGCCCCGCACCCCGAGGUGCCCGGCCGGCCGCGCCCCGGAUCUCCGUCCUCGCCCGCCGCCGCGCUCACCGCAGCCGCUGCUUUCCUCCCCGCAGCCGCGGCGAGACCAUGUCGGCGGAGACCUCGAGCGGCCCCACGGAGGACCAGGUGGAGAUCCUGGAGUACAACUUCAACAAGGUUAACAAGCACCCGGACCCCACCACGCUGUGCCUCAUCGCGGCCGAGGCCGGCCUUUCCGAGGAGGAGACCCAGAAAUGGUUUAAGCAGCGUCUGGCUCAGUGGCGGCGAUCGGAAGGCCUGCCCUCAGAGUGCAGAUCCGUGACAGACUGAGGAGAGGGUGGGCACUGGCAGCUGCCCUCCAUGAAGACCAUCCGCCGUUUCUCUCCUCGGCUUAACCCAGCUUUUUGGUUUUUCAGUGUAGUGCUGUGUGUUCCAUUGUUAGCUGUCCUGCUAUUUAACACAACAUUGUAUUUUUUUAAUGUACAUAACCAGAAAAGAAAGUAACCCUAGGCAACUCCAUGUAGCUUCUGUGUAAAGCAGUGGCUUGGCUGGGAAGUGGUGGGGCUUGCAUUUCCUUUUGGUUCUUGAUAACAGAUGGUGUGAAAAUCAUCUAAGUUUGCCUUUUACCAUCACCUCCCAGUACCAAUUUAUUUUUACCAUCCAUUUCAGAGUAGGCAAGGCCUCUGCUGAAAACGUAACAUGAGGAAAACAACUUAGGGAAGUAGAGUCAGAAGGAAAUGCUUCCUCCCUCAUGUUAUGUUUAUGAAAAAACCCAGUCAGGCUGGGAGACAGAAAACCAAGUAACAGGGAAAAGAUCCACAGAAGUCUUCGAUUUACCUUAUUUAAAUGUAUUUGUUAAAUUUAUUUUACUAAACAAAGUGAACUGCUUUUUGUCUCUGAAAUAUUCUAAAUAAAAACUUUUU